UUUGGGAACCCGUUAGGGUUUUAGGCGUUGGUUAUUUUUCUCUCUAAAACCCCAUAAAAUAAAUCUUGGAACUCCGCCUCCUCCCCUUUUCUCCUAAAAUCGAUCGAAACCAUGAAGACAGUCCAAAGCCGGAUCCUCUCCUCCGACCCAAUCUCUCUCUCCGACGCCACCUCCUUCCUCUCCGAUUUCAACAGGUCCGUCUGCGGCGGCGGGGGCGGCGCGUCCCACGAGACCUGCUGGUUCGUCCGACGCGCGUUGGCCUCAUUCGAGGAGCUGGAGCAGCUCUAUCGCAAGCUCAAGGAUCCAAGGUCCGAUCGAAAGGGAAGACACCCCGGGUCGGAGACUCGAAACGACGACGUAGAGACCACCGUUGGGCAGAGCUUCGUGGCGAGCCGGGACGUGAGUGCCAAGCCCAAAAGCCACCGUCAGCGGGAGAGUGAUGACGUCAAUCGGAAAGUUGAGGUUGAAGAACAGAGUAAGGGUGGGAAUCGUAAUUUGAUGGAAGAUGGAGGUGAGAUUGCAGAGAGGGUAGGGGUAGAGAUUGAUGAUAAGAAGAAGAAGAAGAAGAAGAAAAAGAAGAGGGAGGAAGAUGGUGAGAGUGAAAUGGGAAACGGAGAGGUAAAGAGGGAGAUUGGUUUUCGAGAUUUCGAGCAAGAUGAGUCACAGAAUAAGAAGAAGAAGAAAAAGAAGAGGGACAAUGUUGAUGAAAACUGGGGUGGAGUUAAGGAGGAAGAUGGGGAAAGUGAAAUGGGGAGUGAAGAGGUAAAGAGGCAAGAGAAGAAGAAGAAGAAGAAGAGGAAGAGUGAGGUGUUAGUGAAUGGUGAGAUUGAUGCCUUGGAGGAACAACAGGAGAAGAGAAAGAAGAGGAGAAAAAGUUGAGAAGAUAAACAGUUGUGUUAGUUUUGUUGUGUUUCAGUUUUGCGGAAUUUGAUGAAGAUUUCAAAGGCCAUCUUUGGCUCGACAGGUUCAGGGUAAUUCUAUGUAGGAUAGAUGCUCAUCCCUAUGUGAUACAAAGGGGAUGUGUUUCUUUGUUAUAUUAUUGAUUGCAAUGGAAAUUCUGCCCAAGUUUUGAUUCCUAAUGUAACUGUUAUCUAGUGUUAUUGCAAUUUCUGCCAAAUGUAUCAAUUGCAAUGUUAUGGAUGUGGCAAUGAAAUACUGGGCUACGAAGAAAAAAGGGACAUGGAAGCAUGGGAGGAUGAUUUUAAUCAAUGGAAAGAACUGUGUCUGGCUCACAUUUCUACAAAUUACGAGUUUUAGUGCUUCCUUAACCCAGUUCCUUAUAUUCGUUUUUCUUUUCAAUUUAUGUUCUGUUGUCCUUUGCUACAUGUUUGGAUAUAUAAUCCAAGAUUGAAUGGGUGGAGGCCCUGUAUUGUGCAUAUCUACUAUGACAUAUUAGUAGGUGCUUUUUACUGCAUGGGUUAGUGGCAUUACAAUAAAAUAAAGUUGUAGAGAUGCAGAUGGUUCAAUAUGUGUCAGUGUUUCCAAAGGCUGAUACUCUUUGGAGUUUGAAGAGUUGGUGUUCACCUAAAGGCAAUGGCACCCGCUUAUGUGCUUCAGAGCUCUACAAGGCAUGAAACUGAAAGUUAACAUAGUCAAUGAGGUGCCCAUACUUCUUCGGUUCUUCCACGAGGCCAAGUAAUAUGGUUGCACAGAAUCAUUGUCAUACGGUGCAAUUGAUGUGAAGGACACUACAUUAUUAUGUUUAAGGACUGAAGUAUGCACACUGUUUACCGGUUACGGUAUCUCCUCCAAGAUUCAGUGCAACUUUAGCAUUUGGAUGAUUGGCCUUAAUAGCAGAAACAUGAGAAGGGCUGAGAUUCUUUGUAUCCCAGAACACAUUAAAGUUGCCAUUGGUAGGUUUUGGAUGGGAAGAUGUUGUGAAAGGUGCCAUUGGCGGGUUUUGGAUGGGAAGAUGCUGUGUAGUCAAUAGCAAAGGAGAGGAUGAAGUGAAACUCGACUCCGGAAUCUAUUGGUACAUCUGAGAAUGUGACACCGGUGUCGUCGGCUCCUAUGUAUUCCCUGAAGAGCUUCGAGUUUGCUGGGGGUGCUUGGGCUGAUGACAGUAUUGUAAAGAACAAUGUCAUUUGAAGGAAGAGAACCAGUUGCAGCCUGGUUGAGUUCAUGGCUAUCAAAAGUAGGAAUAUUGGAUUUCUGUACUUCUGAGAUGCAGCUGUACAAACUUGUGGGGGAGGCUUUAUACAAGUGAGGUACUGUUGGAAUCUUUGUUAUGUACAAGAUAUUUGUUUUGGAGCCGGUGUCUCUUCUUAUUUGAAGCAUAAUGCUGUUCAUUUGCAAACCAGAUGCAUUUGAUUCCCCGUCCAGUAUGUGACCAGGAGGGUAAUAUGUUUUCUGGGGCAGAUGGCACCAACUACUAGAUGCAUAAUCCCUCAUUUUUGUAUACUUAGAAAUUUAACUUUGGAUAAUUUUUUUUAUCGUACAAAGCUGUAGAUUGUUUUAUUAACGACCUAUAUGGAAUGACUCAUUAGAAACA